AUGGCGCAAAAGACGAUUCUGCUGACGGGCGGCACCGGGAGCAUUGGCGCAUGGGUGCUCGAACAGUCCCUGAAGCAGGGCCACAAGGUUAUUGCCGUGAUUCGAUCUUUCGUCAAAUUUCAGAAGCACUUUGACGACAAGUACGGCUCACACCUCGCCAAUGGGUCGCUCGAGCUUGUCGAGGUGCCCGACUUGGCGGUGCCUGGUGUCUUUGACGAACCCGCCUCGAGAUCUGAUGCCAUCAUUCACGUUGCGACACCUCUGACAACCUCGGACUUUGAGAACACCAUGAUCAAAGCGACAUGGCUGAUUGACGAAAACAUUCUCUCCGCGGCCCAGAAGUCACAGAAGGUCAAGCGUGUCGUCAUAUCAGGCACGAUCGUCUCGGUAGUCAAACUCCCUAACGGCUUGUUCCAGGACGCGACGGUCACCGAGGAGGACUGGAAUCCCAUCACACACGAAGAGGGCGUGGUGAGCUUAUCUGGCGCCUACGCCUACUCCAAAACGAAUGCAGAGAAGCAAACGUGGGCGUGGAUGGAAAAGGAGAAGCCCCGUUUCGACCUCGUCGUCCUUCUGAUCCCGUCUGUCAUCGGCAAGAGUAUCAACCCGGGCUUCAAGCCGAACAAGGAAGCUCUGGGAGGCAUGUCCAAUGCAUACAGCUGUUUCGUCGACACCCCGCAGCUGAGUUUCGUGUUUAAUCCGUGGAUGGACGUUCAAGACGUGGCGGCUUUGCACAUCCGAUCCGCAGUGGAUAUCCAAAGCGUUCCUGGCAACGAACGUUACCUGAUCAAGGGCCCAGGUGUCUUGGACGCGAAUGAACUCGCGGGCAGGAUAAGGGAAGAGUUCCCUGAGCUGCGUGACCGUGUGCCUGCACCGGCCAAACAAAAGAAGGGCAAUUCCCCACCCCUCACCACGUUCGAUACCAGCAAGGCCCAAAAGGUGUUCGGUCCAGAGUCUCAGUUCCGCGACGGCUGGUCGGCGAUGAAGGACACGAUUGCAGAUAUUGCCCGGUUGGUGCCAAACCCGCCCGCGGCCUCAACGUAG